AUGUUCAAACUGAUUCUCUUGGCGUGCUUCCUCGCACUAGCCGCUGCGAAGCCCCACGUGCUUCCAAUAGCCUACACGGCAGCAUACACUGCUCCUGUGGCAGCUGCGUACUCUACACCUCUCGCUUACUCAGCUUACUCCGCCUACACUGCACCAGUUGCUUACUCAGCAUACACAUAUGCUGUCCCCUACUCUUACUACCUUCGCCGUUAA